UGAGCGUGCGUACUUCCUAUUUACGCCAUUUUCACUGCUUUUGUUUAGGUCCCAAAGAUAAUAUUGAAAAAUUACGUUAAAUAAUAUGUAAGAAUGGCGUGCGUUGAAAAUUUAAAGCAAGAACUUAAGCAGCUAGAGUCUAUGUUCAAGAAAGAUGACGUUCGAUUUCAAAUUCACACAGCAAACAUGGAUGAACUUGUAUGCAAGUUCAUUGGGGCUAACAGAGAGAAGUUCGUCAUUCGUUGCAACUUCACGGACUCAUAUCCAUCUUCACCUCCUGUUUGGUUUUCUGAAGUAGAUGACCCAGUUAUAUCAACAGUAGUUACAGAAUUAUCAGAAAUCAGAGGUUCUGCGUUCAUGUUAUUACGAAUGGUGAGGAAGUUGGUAAGAGAACUCUGCAAACUUCACAAUGUAACAGAACCCCCUGGAUUAGUGAGGCUAGACGAGAUUAAACCAGAAUCAUCAUUUCAAAAUGAUAUAGACAUGAGUUCAGCAGAUGAGGAUGAGGAAGAUGGAGAAGUAGAAGAAGAUGAGGAUGAGGAAGACGAACAAAAUUAUGAAAUGGAAGAAGAACCCCCUGAUGCGUCCAAAGAGGAUGAUAGUUCCAAUAUCGAUGCAGGAAAUGUAGCUGUCUUAGAAAGGUUAAAGACAAAUCAACGAAGAGAUUAUUUAAAGGGUUCUGUAUCUGGAUCAAUUCAAGCAACAGAUAGACUGAUGAAGGAACUAAAGGAAAUCUAUAGGUCAAGGAAUUAUAGAGACAAACAUUACACAGUGGAAUUAGUCAAUGAUAGUCUUUAUGAUUGGAAUGUCCACAUAUUUAAAGUUGACAAGGACAGUGCUUUAUAUGCAGAUUUACAGCAACUCAAAGAAAAGGAAGGCAAAGAUCAUUUAUUACUUAAUAUGACAUUUAAGGAUAAUUUUCCAUUUGACCCUCCAUUCAUACGUGUUGUUUUUCCUGUGUUAACGGGGGGAUACGUUCUUGGUGGAGGGGCCAUAUGCAUGGAGCUACUAACAAAGCAAGGCUGGAGUAGUGCAUACAGUAUCGAAUCCAUUAUAAUGCAAAUAGGUGCAACACUAGUUAAAGGCAAAGCUAGGAUACAAUUUGGAGCUUCUAAGAGUCAAUACAGUUUAGCCAGGGCACAGCAAUCAUUCAAGUCAUUAGUACAAAUUCAUGAAAAAAAUGGCUGGUUUACUCCACCAAAAGAAGAGGGAUGAUGAAUACAUAAAACCAUAGGUGUUAAAAAAAUAUCUAAGAAUGGGGAUAACAGCCCAAUUGACACUGAACAGCAGAUGUUGUGUACUGGUCAUCCACAGAUCUUCAUUGUAAUAGUUUUUGUUCGGUUCUCUUGAAGUUGGUGCUAGGCCAAUUCUAAGAAAAAAUAAUCGAACCAAGGUGUCUUACUCUUCUGCCGACCAACCAAUGACCAUGCACAGUUAGGCCUCUCGAUGCCUUAGUAGUAAAUGUUGAACUGGAGAUAUUAAUUUAUACCAAAUACCAGUUUAAAAUUUGUCAUAGAUGAGAUAUCAAGCAGUGUAGUUCUCGAGGCCCCCGUGCUUUCAAAUUUGGGUUCAUGUAUAAUAAGGCAUUGCUUGUAGCUUUAUUAAUGACUAACAUUUAAGAACAAUAAAUACAGCUUCAAGGUUCCAAUUCCAUGUGUUCGUUAGGCAAUUAAGGGUGGGAUUCGUUGACUUAAGCCGGUUUAGAAUAUAAACGUUCAGAAAUGCAGACAUGUUUUUAUUUACUUCAUAUUAUGACCACUGACCAAUAAUGUAAUUUAAACCAUCAAAAUAUGCAUUUGGAAAAUAUAUCAAAUUGUAAUUUAUCAUUUACGAUAGUAAUGCUUUUUGUCAAUUUUUAAUAUAUUUUCAGAAAAUAUUUAAAAUGCUAAGAAAUCGUAUUAAAAUUUUGUGACUUCAAAUCACAUUGAAGCUCUGUCCACUCAAACUUUAUUUGACAAAAACAUGUGACAUGCCUAAAUAUGGUCAUGAUGACAUCACAUCAUGACCAUAUAUGGGCACAUCAUGACUAUAUGUGGGCAUACAACAGCUUUUUGGUCAAAAUAGAAUUUGAUUUGGUCAGGGCCGAACAUUUUGGAUUCAUGAUUUGCUGUCAGACAGGAGGCAGUCGGCUCCUCAACAUUUAGGUACGAUUGCUGCUAAUAUCUAUUGAUCAUUGUAUAAACUCAUUUUUCUGCCCUCCAAAAUAAUGUUUUUACCCAGCACAUCUUACUAAAAACAGAAGUAGGAAAUUUUGUUGAAACUUUUGCAAUAAGUAUGAUAAUAGUAUUGUAAAAUCAAGUUUUCUUCUAAAUUUAAUUUAAUCUUGUUUAAUAUAGGCCUAAUUAAGACUGUUGUUUACUUGUAAAACCAAGUUUAUUGUGGAUAUUGUAGUGGUUAUUCCUAAACAUUUCAUUUAUUUCUAUAUUAAAUUAAUUUUUGAUGAAAA